CCGGCAGGAGUUCCUCUCUCUUCAUUAGGCCACCGGAGCAAAGAAAACCAGGGGGUGGGCUGAAGCAGGAGUUUUUUGGAAUCGAAUUGGGCCGACCAUAUGUUCAGACGUACGCUUUAUUAUAAUAAUUAUUAUCAGUAAUGUGUCCCUGGCCCAGUGGGCCACUGGGCACUAGCUGGUAGAUUUCAGGGAUAAAAUUAAAAAGAAAAAAAAAAACAACCUCUAACCCAAACCCAAAGUAGAUCCCGCAAGCUCGAAGUCUGCCCGUCUCUGUUGUAUAGUGUCAUCGAGAUCCUUCACGUGGAUCCUUUAGUUGCCUUACCUAAUGCUCUUUCAUUCUUCCUUUCUUUCCCAUACCAACUCUAAAAAAAUGAUAGAUACAUUUUCCCUCACCUUUCAGUGAGUGUCUAUGGGCAAAUUGGACUAGCAAUAGUGCUGUUUGCAGGCUGCUAAAAUAUGCCUCCAGAAUUGUCCGAGAUCAGGUGGAGCUGCGUCUGUAUGAGAAGAUGGAUGGGCGGACACACAACCUUAUGUGGGCCUGGAUGAAUCGCAAUGCUCGCGUCAGUGACUUACUUCAGAUUCUUGAUGACUUGCAGCUUUACCGGGCGCGGGAUGUCAUCAUAUCAUGGCAUCCACCAUUGCAAUGUUCAAAGCCCAGGGUGUUGUCCGCUCAUCUCCCGUCUGUUUCCCCUAAGCCCUUGCCUGCCCCGCCUGCCCCUGAUCCUGGUGGUGGUGGUGGUGGUGGUGGCGGCAGCAGGAUCAAGACAACAAUGUGGGAGCCUCUCAAGGGAACCUUCUCAUCUGUACCAGAGCACUCCAGUCGUCCGCUAUCUUUGCCAGACCCCACUCCCAGCCGCCACCACAGCGGCAUUGGCCAGAGCAAUCCACCAUUGCUUCCCCUCCCCCUUGAUGAACAGGGUCUCGACCAUUUGUCCUCAACCUGUCCCUUUAUGUGGCGACUGGAAGAGCUGCGCCAGGCCACAGAUAACUUCUCAGAGCACUUGCAAAUAGGGGAAGGAGGCUUUGGCUGUGUCUACCAGGCCCGACUACGCAACACUGUCUAUGCUGUCAAACGGCUGAAGGAGGAAGCAGAAUUGGACUGGACUACAGUAAAGAACAGCUUUGUCACAGAGGUGGAGAAACUUUCCCGUUUCCGCCAUCCCAAUAUUGUUGAGUUCGCCGGUUACUGUGCUGAACAGGGAUACUUCUGCCUUGUUUAUGUCUUCUUGCCCAAAGGCUCCUUGGAAGAUCAUUUACAUAAACAGGUUGGUCCCUGCCUUUCCUGGGCCCAGCGGCUCCACAUAGCAGUGGGCACCGCCAGAGCCAUUCAGUUCCUGCACAGUGACUCUCCCAGUCUCAUCCAUGGGGAUGUCAAGAGCUCUAAUAUCCUCCUGGAUGCAGUGCUCAAUCCCCGGUUGGCAGAUUUUGGCUUGGCACGGUUCAGCCGUCGACCAAAGCAAGGAGGGAUGAGCAGCUCACUGGGCCGGACCCAAACUGUGCAGGGCACGCUGGCCUACCUACCCCCUGAAUAUGUCCGGACUGGGACACUUUCUACUACUAUUGAUGUUUUCAGCUUUGGUGUGGUACUAUUGGAACUCUUGACUGGAAGACAACCCAUGGAGGUGGAUUCUCGUGGACGCAGCAAAUACUUGAAGGAUCUGCUGAAUGAAGAGGAAGAGCAGGGAGCCCAGCUGCAAUCUGCCACGAUGAUUUCCAGUUCCUUUCAGGCAGCUCAACUUGGCACUAAUCUAUACCAGAAGUACGUGGACCCACAGGCCAGGCCCUGUCCAGAGCAGCUGGGCAUAACCCUGGGCAAGCUGGCUUGCCAGUGCCUCCACCCACGAGCCAAGCACCGCCCCUCAAUGGCUGAGGUGUACCAAGAGCUAGAGAGGCUACAGCUAUCCCUAUACGAGGAACCCUCUGCCUCCUUGCUACCCCUGAGACAGGUACACACUCCACAGGAGGAUUCAUACUCUUCCAGGCCUCUCAACCAGCCUGAGGAAAGUGAUGAAAGCUUGGAAGCCAGCUUGGAACUCCUGAGCUACAGAAAUGCGCCCGGAGGAAAUGUCUCUGUAGGCCACCAAGGUGACUCUGCCCCUCAGAUAGUCAUCAAUCCAGCACGGAGGCGCAUGAUGGAACGGCUGGCACUCUACCAUGAGGGGGCACUUGACAGCCUGGGUGUGCUUGCCUCUACACCCUCAGGGGAAGGUAACCUCCCCACUUUUCAAGUACCACAGUUGGAGGUUGGCAGUAGGCUGUCUUCAGAGCGGUUUUGUUGAAUUAGGGGGCAAUCCUAUGCAAGUUAAGAGAAAAGCCUACAAUGACCAGCAUGCUCCAAGCAGAAUAGGCAUUUCCUUUCUAAACUUGUAUAGGAUUGUGCCUUUAGGGAGUGCGGUUUUUAAGAAUGGAAAAUUUAGUUCACAACCCCAUUCCAGCCAUCUGUGUGUUCUGUAAACCAUCCUUUGGUCUUUCAAUGUAGAAUCAAAACUGUUAAGCCAGGCUAUCUGUCGGAUUGGGAGAACCUGUGUGUGAUGCAGCAGUAGCAUCAGUCUUGCCCAAGGUCUGCAUCAGUUUGUGUUGAGACAUUUACACAUAGAACCUAAAAUAGAUGGUGCUAGUCCCUGUGACUCUGAGCAUAUGGUAUGCAACCCAAGAAGAGCUCUGCAAAUGGGACAUCUGAUGGCAUGAAAAACAGGGGAGCAGGUGCAUUUCCCUUCCCUACCAUGCAGAAACUCUACAUCAAGUAUAAAGUCUACAUAGAAGUAAUGACUAUGUUUUGCUUUGUGCCCAAGACUGACUGAUUUCUCCCUCUGUGUCUUCAUGUGGGAAUAUGCUGCAGAGAUGGAGUCCUAAAUAUCUAUAAAAACAAUGCAGACUUGCACCUGAAAAGGUCUCUAGACCUCAUGAGAGAGUGGGGAGAGAAAAGGAGGCCUUGUUCAAGGUUUGGCGUUCCCUUCCAGUAUGGAUAGCAGCCCUUCCUCAAGGCUUCCGUUCUAUCUUCAAUUGCUCCUGUUCCUUGUCUGUCUCUUUGUGCCUGCUUGACAAAAAUGUUCAGGCUCUAAAAUCUCAGGUCCCUCAAAACAAAUCAAACAAGCUGACCAUCAUCAAAAAGAAAAAUCUGAAAUCUAAAUGGUGGUAUUGGGUUUUGUUUCCAUGUAGAAUCUGGGCUUUCUAACUAACUAACAUAUUCCUACAUAGGCUUAGGAAAGGUCAGAAGCAAGACUAGAAGAACAAAUAAUGGGGGCUUGAGGUAUUGGUAAAGUUUCCUUUGGUGGGGUAGCAGGAGAAUCCUGAAUUCUUGAUCUGCUUCCAAAUGAAGCUGGGGGGAAAAACAAAUCUAAAUAUCUGCAGGAUCUACCCUUGGCUGCCUCCUUUCCUCAUAGACACUGAAGAAUUGGCUCUGAAGUCUGUUUAUCAGAUCAGUAAAUCUACUUCUUCUGAGAAACCACUGAUUGAACCCUGUUCUCCAACUAAAACAAGGUCAAAGUAUUUAGCAAACUGCCUUUGCUAACAUAUGCUCCUUUUAUUUGUUGAUGUCUGAUCAUUCCUUCCCUAUUCUUGUAGUCUUCCCAUAAUGAGAUCAAGAGUAUAGAAGGAACUGGUCUACACAUGCCAGCACCAGAAACAGAGAUAUGAGCUAUACUGUCGCCCUGCCUAUUUAACUUAUAUGCAGAGCACAUCAUGAGAAAGGUGGGGCUAGAUGAAUCACCAGUUGGAAUUAAGAUUGCUGGGAGAAAUAUCAGCAACCUCAGA